CGGUCCCGGCAGGGAAAGUGGUGUUCGCGGCUGGAGGUUAUGGCCGAUUCGGGGUCCGGCGUGCGGGGCUCCCUGCUACAGCUCCAGGAGUCCCUGUCCUCUGCCGAUCGCUGCGGCGCGGCGGUGGCCAGUGGUCAGCUGCUGCGGGGCCUGGGGCAGGAGUGCGUACUGAGCUCUGGCCCCGCGCUUUUGGCAUUACACACUUCCUUAGUUUUUUCCAAAGAUUUUGGUUUGCUUGUAUUUGUUCGAAAAUCACUCAGCAUUGAUGAAUUUCGUGAUUGUAGAGAAGAAGCCCUGAAGUUUUUAUGUAUUUUCUUAGAAAAAAUUGGCCAGAAGAUCACACCUUAUUCUCUAGAUAUUAAGAAUACUUGUACCAGUGUUUACACAAAAGAUAAAGCUGCUAAAUGUAGAGUUCCGGCCCUAGAACUUCUUAUUAAGUUACUUCAGACUUUGAGGAGUUCUAGACUCAUGGAUGAAUUAAGAGUUGGAGAGUUAUUUACCAAAUUCUAUGGAGAACUUGCAUUGAAAGCAAAAAUACCAGAUACAGUUUUAGAAAAAAUAUAUGAGCUCCUAGGAGUAUUAGGUGAAGUUCAUCCUACCGAGAUGAUAAACAAUUCGGAUAAACUCUUUCGGGCUUUUCUGGGUGAACUUAAGACCCAGAUGACAUCGACAGUGAGAGAACCCAAAUUUGCAGUGCUGGCAGGGUGUCUGAAGGGACUGGCAUCACUUAUGUGUAACUUCACCAAGUCCAUGGAGGAAG